AGAAGGGAGACGUGUCCCAGUCUCAUGUGAGCUGAGCCGGACGGAUGGAGGCAGACAACCCAGGCGGCAAUAUGGGAGAACAGACAGACGUAGAAAUGACAGAAAACCCUUUUGAACCGUACAUUGAGUCUCUGCGUGAGCAACUGGAGCAGCAAGACCCCGUGUUUCUGAUCGGAGUGAUCGUUGCUCUGGCGGUUGUUAUCAUCACCUGUGUUUUCUUGAAGUACUUUCUCACCAGUAAAACAGUGCGCAGUGCUGUGCUGCUGGUCGGACUGUGUGACUCCGGGAAAACUCUGCUCUUCAGCCGGCUGCUGUCAGGAAAGUUCAAACGAACACAGACCUCGAUCACCGACAGCAGUGCUCCGUACAAAGCCAAAAAACGACAGGGUGAUACCUGGACUCUCAUAGACCUGCCUGGACAUGACAGCCUUCGACCUCAGUACUUGGAGAAGUUCAAGUCUGCAGCCAGAGCGAUAUUGUUUGUUGUGGAUAGUGCUAUCUUCCAGAAAGAAGUGAGAGACGUGGCAGAGUUUCUGUAUGUGCUGUUGACAGACAGUGUGAUCUCGAGAAAUGCCCCAUCUCUAAUGGUGGCAUGUAACAACAAGAUAUCACCAUGGCAAAAUCAGCCAAACUUAUUCAGCAGCAGCUGGAAAAGGAAACUCAACACUUUGCGAGUGACACGUUCUGCAGCAUUGAGCUCUCAGGAUGGCUCUGUUGGCGGCAGUGUGUAUCUGGGAAAGAAAGGCAAGGACUUCGAGUUCAGUCAGCUGCCCAUGAAGGUGGAGUUCCUGGAAUGUAGCGCCCGUGGUAGCAAAGGUGAAGAGGGUGAAGCCGACAUUGAGAAUCUGGAGAAGAGCCUGGCGAAACUGUGAAAUCUACAGCUUGAUGUAUCCAGUGCAGAAAAUUUGCCUUAGAGGCGCAGACCUCAGAUCAGAUAACCUCAACACUGUCACCUCAGAUCUUAGGAGACGGUUUCAAUGGGGAUGUGUAACUUUAACCUCUUAUUCAGUGAACACGGUCUUGUCUGUGGCGCCUGUCAAGGGCAGAACCUGAAAGGACAUUAAAGGUGAAUGAACGUUGACAUAUAUGGUGAAAAAUAUCACACUAUGAAAAUAAUUUUGGAUAUUGUGGAAAGUGUUUUUGUACAGUUGCUGUGCAGUGCUGAGAAAUUAUUUGCUUUUCAGUGUAAUUUUUCCUAUAACUUAUCAUCUUAAAGUGACAUGGUUUAGUGAAAUACUUAUUUCAGAGCCUUUAUUGUAAACUUCAGCAAUUGCUGUUCAUUUUGGCAGAUUAAAAUAAUUCUGAGCUUUUUCUUUUGACUGAGGACCUGACAAUCGCCAUUUUAAUUUUAAUUUGUCUCAGCAAGUCUGACUUGGAGGCUGCUGUGUGAAAACAGGUCAUGCACGGACAGACUGCCUUGUGCCUUUUUCUGGUGUUCUUGUAAAACACUGUUUUGCUUGUUUGAAAGUCAAUGCUAGUUUUGUGUGAAGUGUGUCUGCAUUUGCAAUGAAUGUAUGGACUGAUUGUAGUCAUACAGAAAGUGUUUUUGUGUAUAGUUAUUUGGCUUGUUUAAAGAACUGAUGAUAAAAAGGUUUUGAUGCUUUAAAGUAAUUAAAAAUAAGUUCAAGUUAUAUAAAAAUGUUCACUUAAAUUUCAGCAAAAGAGACAGUUUGUCUGGUGUGGUAAUGUAUGAGGAAAAUAAAUGACACAUCAGAAUUGUGCUGCUUUAAAGAGAUCAAAAAGUAUUAUUUUCAGUCUGGCACAUGGUUUGGAUUGAUGUGUGUGUACCCAAAUCCACCACAGACAAUUAAACAUGAAAAGCUAAUUUUCUUGGUUUAAUGUGGUAGUUUUAUAGUCCACAAAAAUGCUUGUAUUGCAGAUUAAAUUAAAAGGAAUCCAGUGUCAAA